AUGUCCAAAGAUUCAAACCACACCUAUGUGCAUUUCACACUUUCCCGCACAGCGGACCUUUUCGAGGACUUCUGCAAAGACAAACUUCCCGACGAUGACAUUUAUGUACCACCUCACAACCAACCUAUAAAUCCCGAAGAUGAAGACGAUGUGGUUCCUGAUCAACACGCGGCAUUUGGUAUUCAAAGGGCAACGCAAAAGACAAAGGAACCAGCUUGGAAGGAUUUGGGAUUGGCAGAUUUGAUGAAGAAAGGUCCGGGUGGGAAGCCUGGGAAUGAAGGAGGAGGAUCUAAGGGCCAAGGAUAUUAUCAUAUUGCGGGAAACAUCAAUACCCAGAGAAAGGAGUUCAAUUCAGAUCAUAUUAUUUAUUUACGAAGUUUAAACAAGGAACAUCGAGCUGCUGGUGACUCGGAUCUUGCUUGA